UGUUGGCGGGGCACGCGGGCGUGGGGUGGCACGCGGCGCAGCGGCUCCUCAAGCGCUCCAAGCGCGCCCUGCACUUCAACGACCCCAAGUUCCCCCAGCAGUGGCACCUGGACAACCGCAAGAGCCCCGGGAUGGACAUCAACGUGACAGGCGUGUGGGAACGGAAUGUGACAGGCCAGGGGGUGACGGUGGUGGUGGUGGAUGAUGGUGUUGAACACACCAUCAAGGACAUCCAGCCCAACUAUAGCCCAGAAGGCAGCUACGAUCUGAACUCCAACGACCCCGACCCCAUGCCCCACCCGGACGAGGAGAACGGCAACCACCACGGGACACGCUGCGCCGGGGAAAUUGCGGCCGCCUCCAACAACAGCUUCUGCGCGGUGGGCGUGGCCUUCGGCAGUCGGAUUGCAGGCCGCCCUGCAGCAUGGCGUGGUUGCUGGCCGGAGAGGCUUUGGCAGCAUCUUUGUGGUGGCCAGUGGCAAUGGCGGCCAUCACAACGACAACUGCAACUAUGACGGCUACGCCAACUCCAUCUACACCGUCACCAUCGGCGCCGUGGACGAGAUGGGUUACAAGCCCUUCUACGCGGAAGAGUGCGCCUCCAUGCUGGCCGUGACCUUCAGCGGAGGAGACAAGUUGAUGAGAAGCAUUGCCACCACGGACUGGGAUUUGCAGAGGGGCACCGGCUGCACAGAAGGGCACACGGGCACCUCUGCUGCAGCCCCCUUGGCUGCCGGACUGAUCGCCCUCAUGCUGCAGGUGCGCCCGUGCCUCACCUGGAGGGACGUCCAGCACAUCAUCGUCUUCACGGCCACCAAGGUGAGGCUCCCAGCGCCUCCCCAAGGAUGA